UAGGCAAUCUGCCUAUGGGAGCAGUGCCACGGGGCAGAGGCGGUGCUGGCUGGGACGGUGAUAACGGCGAUAUCGGAACCAGUCGGGGCCACUGCGUCAGUGCCGCACUUCUCACUGCCGGUCCGACGGCUCGGACUGACCUGAGGCUGCAGCGUCCAACCCUGGAGGAGCCCAAAGAAAGGCACAACCACGGCCGUUCGACGUGUCCCUGUGCUGCCCGGCGACGGCAGAGGCUCCACAAUGCGGCUGCUCCUGGUUGGAAAGACUGGAGGGGGGCGAAGCGCCACGGGGAACACCCUGCUGGGGCGACGCGUCUUCGAGUCCAAGCUGUCCACCACGCCGGUGACCCGCAGCUGCAAGUCAGCAACUGGGCACUGGGAUGGAGAGGACAUUGUGGUGGUCGACACGGCCGACAUCUUCCAUUUGUGGAAUGGCAGCAAUGAGGCGUGCAGGGAAAUCACCCACUGCAUCGAGCUGUCCUCGCCCGGCCCCCACGUGCUGCUGUUGGUCACCCAGCUGGGCCGCUUCACCCAGGAGGACCAGGAGGCCGUGCGGGGCGUGCAGGACAUCUUUGGAGUCGGUGUGUUCAGGCACAUGGUUGUUGUGUUCACCCGGGGAGAGGAGCUGGUGGGGGGAUCUCUGCAUAACUACGUGACCCACACUGACAACAGAGCUCUGCGCAACCUGAUCCAGAGCUGCUGGAAUCGAUACUGCAGCAUCAACAACCGGGCUUCCGGGGCAGAGCGGGACCAGCAGGUCCAGCAGCUGAUGAAUAAGGUCCGCGAAACCGUGCGGGAGAAUGAGGGAAGGUACUACAGCAAUGAGUUGUACCUGGAUCCCUUUUUAACAGAAGAGAAAGUGAGGUAUCACAUGGAGAAAGCAGCCAGACCGUGGGGUGUGCUGCUCGACUCCUUGUCAUACAGGAGAGUCCUUACAAAAUGUGGGAUAAUUCUCAUUGUCAUUGCUUUGAUUUUCAUCUUUGUCCUUAUUUGGUGGAAGAGAUGAAUGGCUGAAUCCCAUAAUCCACAGCCCCCCAGUAUCAGAAUCCCAGAACCCUGCAGCUCUUGGGGCCGCAGGCAUCGCUCCAUCCCCACCCACUGCCAUCCCCCAGCACCCGCUCCCCAGGGCUGCGUCCCUUUGGCAAAGAGCCCGCCAUCACGCAGUGCAGCCGCUGUGGUGCUCACCCACCCACACAGCACCCCAAAACCUUCAUAGUGUCCCCAGUUGAAGGGGACCCACAAAGACCACUGAGUCUUCUCAUGACUCCCAAACCCCAACCCUAUAUCUGAGAGAGAUGUCCCAGUGCUUCAUGAGCUCCGGCAGCUCAGGGCUGUGACUGCUGCCCUGGGGAGCUGCUCCAUGUCCACCGCCUUCUGGGCACAGCCUUUCCCUUACCCCCACCCAACCCUCCCCUGACAGCUCCAUGCUGUUUCCUUGGGCCCUGCUGCUGUCACAGAGAGCAGAGCUCAGCGCAGCCCCUCUGCUCCAUGUGAGGAUCUGUAGGGCCAUGAAUUGUCAUCAAGAAGUGAAGGCAAAGUGUCCUGUACGUGUCCCUUGGGUUCCUUGAGGGCUGAUUACAUGCUGAAACCAACACCCAUCUCUGCAGAAAGGUGAUUAGAAUGAGCCAGCUGCUAUCCCCUCCCAAAUGCAGAGUCUUGGAGCCCCUUGUAUGCCUGCCCAAAGAUGUAUCAGAGUACCCAAUUAGAGACUGUAGAGAGAUGUAAUUUUGUAAACUGCCAUGUAAGGAAAACUGCACUUCUGUUUGGGGCUGUGCUUGCUUUUGGGAAGGAUCACCAAACACCUGAUUGUGCACAGAAAUAAAACAGAGACCUCUGUUCUGCAUCA